AUGGUUUCAGCGUGGUUCUUGACAAAGGUCUUUGCGGCUUUUGUGCCCUUAGUGAGCGUGUAUGCGCACCCCCAAACCAAGUUUCCGUUACUUCUCGAUGCUACUGCGGAUGAUUUGGUUGCUGGUCUUCAUGCCGGAGACUUUACGAGCGUGGAUUUGGUCAAGGCUUACAUCGGACGUAUUAUGGAAGUCAAUCAAACGCUGCACAUGGUCAUUGAAAUCAACCCUGAUGCUUUGUCAAUCGCGAAAACUUUGGAUGAAGAGCGUGCGAGUGGGAAAAUUCGAGGCCCUCUUCACGGACUUCCUGUACUGGUCAAAAACAACAUUGCCACUGCGGAUAAAAUGAACAAUACAGUCGGAUCCUGGUCUCUAGUCGGCGCCAAGGUCCCACGUGAUGCUACUGUCGUAGCGAAGCUUCGAGAGGCGGGUGCGGUCAUCCUCGGAAAGUCCAAUCUCUCUCAAUGGGCCAACUUCCGCUCUUCCAACUCUUCAAAUGGAUGGUCCGCUCAUGGUGGACAGACUUAUGGCGCAUACUACCCUGGUCAGGAUCCUAGUGGAAGCAGCAGCGGUAGUGGAGUUGCGGCUAGUCUGGGUCUUGCAUGGGGAACUCUUGGUACUGAGACUGAUGGCUCCAUCAUUUCCCCCAGUCAAGUGAACAACAUUGUAGGUAUUAAACCAACCCUUGGUCUAACUAGCAGAGCUCUCGUGGUUCCUAUUUCAGAACGCCAAGACACUGUUGGAGCCAUGGCUCGUACAGUCAAGGACGCAGCAUACAUACUCCACGCCAUCUCGGGACCUGACAGCUACGACAACUACACCUUCGCCAUCCCAUGGGCAAAGUUAGGAAAGAAGCCCAACUAUGUUGCCGCAUGUAAGCUAGAUGCUCUCAAGGGCAAACGCAUCGGUGUCCCACGCAACUACAUCGGCACCCCCGACAACACCACGACGGCCAUCUACGCCGCCUUCGAAGCCGCCCUAGACACAAUCCGUUCCGCCGGCGCCACCGUCGUCGAAGACACAAACUACACGGCCUAUAAAGAAUGGACACAAUCCAACGCAGAAACCAUCGUCCUCCACGGCGACUUCGGCCCUAACCUAGCCCACUACCUCUCCCAACUCACGUCCAACCCCAACAACAUACACACGCUCGAAGACGUCCAACGCUUCACCCAUUCCUUCCCGCUAGAAGACUAUCCCGACCGCGACACGGCAGAAUUUGACGCCUCCAUCGCGCAAGUCAAGAAUUUCUCAAACACCGACGCUGCCUUUUGGACCGCAUACCAAUACAACCAAUAUCUCGGCGGCCCCGGCGGUAUCCUCGGCGCGCUCGAGAAAUACAACCUAGACGCCGUUGUCACGCCUGCUUUUCUUGCGUCUUCCAUCUCUGCAAUUAUCGGGGCGCCGGUUGUUACGGUGCCAUUAGGGGCAUACCCACAGGGCACGCAGGUUGUGAAGAAUGCAAGGGGAGAUUUGAAUGCUACGGCGCCGAAUGUGCCGUUUGGGAUUAGUUUUUCGGGGAAGCUGUGGAGUGAGGAGAGUCUGGUGGGGUUUGCGUAUGCGUUUGAGCAGAGGACCAACGUGAGGGAGAAGGUGAAGCCGUAUUUGGUGCCGCGGGUGGAGAUUCAAGAUGUGGUGGGGAAGUAG